AUAGAUGAGAAACCGAAGCGCCAGUCACGGAAGAGACCACGAUCACUGGAGAAAUAUGAUGAGGCCACCUUCCCGUUGUGGAUUCCGGAAUCGAGACGCCACUCCCUCCCAUUUUUCUGCUUCCAGUGCCUUUGCCGAUGCACACCAAGGGAAGCGGAAAAGGCAUGGCAGUGCCUCUGGAGAAAGCAGUCUUGCUGAUGAUGAAUUUUCAGAUUUUAUGAAUUUUCUAGCUGAUGAGGAUGUCCUGGACAGUCUUCAGAGCAUUGUGGAAGAUGCGGUCCGGAGGCUCCGGGAUGUGACCACUGAAGAUGGAGAACGUGUCUUUGACAUCGUUGAAGAUUCUUGCUCAAGCCGAGAGAGCGCAUCUUGGUCAGUUUCCUACAGUCAUAGACACACUGAUUCCAGCUCAACAUAUUCACACUCUAAAUACUGUACUACCACUGCCACUGCCACCACCACUGCAACAUCCAGUUCUGAUGAGGGCCAGGAAAGGCAAUUUCAGAGCAAGGAAAAGCAGAAGCCAGUCCACAAAGUAUGCCUGCUGGAUAAGUUUGUUUCCAGGCUUGCCAAACCAAAGAAGGAGAAAAAAGUGUCUGGAGGAUUCCAUGCAGAGACGCUUUCAGAACGAUCAGGAGAUACCUAUUACUUCCUGCAAGAACACUUCCAUAUUUGGGCCAAACUAGCAGAAUCCUUUCAUCAACUACCCAAAAAAGAUUAUUUCUCAAAAUUUAAGAAACUGCCAAAGCAGAAGCCUUCUGCAGAAUCUCUUCAUAAGGAAAUUACAAAUGUUUUGAAACAACCAACUCCAAGCACUCUUCUACUUUAUGCUUCAGGGCAAGAACCAUUCCAAGCCCUGGAUUUCUUAGAAGAAAAUGGAAUGCUUGCAGCUCUUCAAGAUAUUAUAAACCAAGCUGUUCAGAAAGUACUAGAAGCAACUUUGGGAGAUGGUGCCCCUUUGUUUGACAUUUUUGGAGAAGAAGGUCGAUUGUCAGUGCCAUGGGAGUCUUCAAUGGGCGGUAGUGAAGAAGAAGAAGAGGGAGAAGGAGAAGAGGAUGGACGUGAAGGCUCUGGAAGUGGAGGAGAAACAUCUGAGGUAGACUCCAAAUCAGAUGCUGAAUCAACACCAGGCCGAAAAAAGAAGCGGAGAAAAGGAAAAUAUAAAAAAAAGGCAUCUGAAGCUACAGAGGAAGGGAAGGGCAAACCAAAGUACACACCGCCACCACUUCCAAAAUCCAGGCGAAAAUCUAAUCCACCAGAGGAACCUCCACGCAAGCCCAAAUAUGUGCCACCCCCGCUCCCCAAAACAAAGCCAAGGCCACCACCAGAGGAGCCCCCACCCAAACCAAAAUACGCACCACCUCCACUUCCCAAGCCGAAGAAAAAGCAAGAGGCAGUACAGACGGAAGGUCAGGGGAAAAAGAAUAAAUGCUCAGUGAUUUUCUGUUUCUCCCAUGGUUACUCUUCCCAGGUUCCUGCAAGACAUGUUAUUACCACCAAAGACAUCAAGCGGGCACGCCUGCAAGCUCGGCCUCUCCCGAAGCAAGCCAUAAUUGAUUUUCUGAUUGAAAAUGCAGCCAAACUUAUAGUAUAUAAGUACAACUAUGAAACCAUCCUUUCUGAGAAGCUGGGUUUCAUCUCCGUUCCUGUUACCAAGGUUCUUCUGGAGAUUAUGUUUGGCUACAAGAGAGUCAAGGGCAGCGGGAUACGCUUAUCCUCUCAGAUUGACUGGACAAAAGUGAAUGAAGAGAUCUAUGCACCACGCCCACCUAGGCCCAAGACUCCUAAACUCAAACCAGGUGACAAAAAGAAAGCUGGGGACAAGAAGAAGAAGGCGGCCGAUAAGAAGAAGCCCAGCGACAUGAAGAAGAGUGUUGCUUUUAAGCCUGAAAUGCCCACUGGGAAAGUGGUGGUCACAGCAACACCCAUAGAGAAAAAGGAAGUCAAAGUUAGCAAACCGAAAGGAAGACCAUCUUCUGCUGAGAAAGAAGGUAGCAAAAAGACAGAGAUUAUUGAGAUACUUCCACCACAGUUUCCUCAAGAGGGUACCGUAAAAGAGGGUUCUGAAACAAGUCAACCGCUACACGAAGAACCAAGUAAGAAGUCUCUUUCAAUCAAUGAUCAAAGUCCCGCAAGGUCUAUGGUUUCUCAGAAGUCCUUUUUCUCUAAAGAUAGUCCAGUAAGGCUCCCAAAUGUCACUUUAGAAUCCGAAGGUCCAUUGCUCUCCCCAAAGCAGUCAGUGCUUUCUCGAAGACUUAGUGGUGAAGCCAAUGAUAGCAAAAGAGGGUCUACUGCAUCUGUCUUGCCAGAGGUGGAACCACCAAAUCACCCAUCCAUUGAAUCCUUGAAGAAAAGUUCAUCUUACAGAAAGGCUAGUGUUAAUGGAGAAACUAGCAGAAAGUCAUCAAUAGUUCUUCCUAAAAUAUGA